ACAGUCAUGCAGGCUGUACUGGAUCUCCUAGAGAUGGAAGCAAAUGAACAGAAGAGUCCCAAUUAUGGGCUGUUACUACUUUGGGCUUCUCUGUCCAAUACUGUCCCUGUUGCAUUUUGGACAUUUGCAUUUGUCCUGUCUCAUCCCAGUAUCCACAGGACCAUUAUGGAAGGCAUAUCAUCUGUGUUUGGCACAGCAGGUAAAGAUAAGAUUAAAGUGUCUGAGGAUGACUUGAAGAAACUCCCUUUAAUUAAAUGGUGUAUUUUGGAAACCAUUCGUUUGCGAGCCCCUGGUGUCAUCACUCGAAAAGUCCUGAAGCCAGUUAAAAUUUUGAAUUACACUGUUCCUUCUGGUGACUUAUUGAUGCUGUCUCCAUUUUGGCUACAUCGAAAUCCAAAGUAUUUUCCUGAACCUGACCUGUUCAAGCCUGAACGUUGGAAAAAGGCAAAUUUAGAGAAGCAUGCUUUCUUGGACUGCUUCAUGGCAUUUGGGAGCGGGAAGUACCAGUGUCCUGGAAGGUGGCUGGCUCUGUUGGAGAUUCAAAUAUGUAUUAUUUUAAUAUUUUAUUAUUAUGACUGUAGUCUUCUGGACCCAUUGCCAAAACAGAGUUCUCUCCACUUGGUGGGUGUCCAGCAACCGGAAGGACGAUGCCGAAUUCAGUUUAAACAAAGAAAAUGA